AUGCUAUCCUUGACCUUGUCCGACACAAAGUCCGUGAACUUCCCACUUUUCCCAUCCGGCGAGCCAGCGCUUUUCACACGUCUCUUUGUCAAAUCCCCAUUUCUUUCCGUUGUACUGGACAUCAUCGCCAUAGCGGAUGAACAAAAUGUAGGCAUCGUUGUCGGUCAGGGCUUUGGUGACAUAUUGAGCGACCAUCAGUUUCUCAAACCAUCCAGUGGUGUUUGCUCCAUAGCCUUGGGCAUUGAAGGCGUUGUAAACAUCAUUGGUGACCCAAGCGCCACCUUGAAAAACUUUGUACAGGCCGUCUUGGCCGGUUCCUUUGUUGGUCAGAACCUCGGGGAAGCCUGCCAUGACCUGGCUGAGCAUGUUUUGGGCGCCUUGUUUGUAGUCGGAGCUUUCUCCAAAUUGCGUAUCGCCGUUCGAGGGGUUUUGCAGAGCCCCUACAUUACCGGCAAUUCCAAAUGCAUUCGAUGCAGCGAUGGCUCCCGUAACGAGGAAGCCCGUCCAUGCAACCUCUGGCAGGACCACAUCGAGGAGAACAAAACCGGCAAUCAUGAUACCGAUCACAGCUGA